AUGGCCGACUACAGUGGUUGGAAAGUAGCCGAGUUGAAAGCAGAAUUGAAACGACGUGGCAUUCCCCAGACUGGGCUCCGGUUGAAACAGCAAAUCAUUGACCGAUUAUUGCAACACGACUCAUCUGAGCAAAAUGGAGCACCUGCUGAAAAAGUGGCGCCUGAAGAGGUUCCCCUUGAAGAAGCUGAAACAUCAGCGCCUACCUCUCCUAAGGAAGCUGCUAAACCAGAAGAGUCGAUCCCAGAACAAAUUCAGCCAGUGAAUGACCUUACAUCAGGAGCGGCUGACCAACCACCUGCACACAAAGCAUUCAAGCCGUCUGAAGCGCCGCCUCAAGAUGUGACGAUGCCAGACGCCGCGCCCUUGACCGAUCAGCCGAACCCCGAUGAACCAGUUGAUAGCGGAUCGGCGACAGGAGGGCCGGCGACGGUAAAGGUCUCGGACGGGGAACCAAAUAUUGAAGAAAAGCAAGCAGAAUUGCGGGAGGAUAAAAACGAAGCUGAAGCUGUUCAGCCAUCUCAGGCCGCAUCUACCCCCCCCUUAGCCGAAAAGGAAGUCGCCAAGGAAGAGAUAGAUGAUUCGAAGAAGCGGAAACGUCGCAGCCAAAGUCCACCUCCCUCCCCGAGAAGCGUCGCACUGAAGAGAGCCAGAGCGGAGGACGGUCAGCCGCGCGUUGUCCUCCAGGAAGAUUUGUCGUCAAUAAAUAAUGAAAGGGGGAUAGAAGAAUCUGCUACUGCUCCUUCAGUAGCACCGCAGCCAAUGGAAAUCGACGUUUCGAAAAGCCAGGCGGAAUUUCCGGCGAGAGACGAAAAGGAGGUUGCUCAAGCGGAAGCCGCGCAGUUGGGCCAAAAGGUAGAACAGGAACCCCAAAAGCCUAUAGCAUCAAAAAUUCCAGACGAAGAAAUUGAAGAUCGUGAGCAAGGCAAGGGGGAAGAGGAAAGACCAGCAUCCCCUUCACCACAGCAGGAGGAAGUGCGGAACCAUACAGAAGACCAAAUUGAAGAUGUACCCUCGACGAGGAAGCCGGCUGGCGAUGCUCGUUUCAAGGACUUGUUCUCUUCCGCCAACAACGUUUCGGGUCGGCGGGAAUCUCCUCCACCAGCAGAGGACGAGGAGCGGGUUGUCGCCCCAGCUCUACACCCUGCCACCACCUCUCUGUACAUACGCGACUUUAUGCGCCCCCUCCAAGUCGCGAAUCUCAAAAAACAUUUGGCUUCCUUGGCAGCUCCUCCUAAUUCUACUCCUGAUCCAGACGCCAUUCUUGAUUUCUUUUUAGAUGCGAUCAGAACUCAUUGCUUUGUUACAUUUACGAGUGUUGCAGCCGCUUCGCGGGUUCGUACAGCAUUGCACGAUACUAUUUGGCCUGAAGAGCGAAGUCGCAAGCCAUUGUGGGCCGAUUUCGUCCCAGAAGAAAAGGUAAAAGAAUGGGCUGACCUAGAACGAGCUCGUGAGGGAGGGCGCGACGGUCCUCGCUGGGAAGUGGUAUACGAAGAAAGAGAAGACGGAAUUGAAGCUGUCUUGCAGGAGGCGGUGGCGAGUUCCACGCGUAAUAACCGCAACCAGUCAUUCAACCUUGGAAGGGAGCCACCUACAGGACCACGGGCUGAACGAGGAUUUGGUCGAGGUGGACCUCAGGCAGGUCCAUCAGCCCUCAUCCCUGACAGUGGCUUCAAAGCACUUGAUGACCGAUUUCAAUCUACGUCGGCAAAGCCAAAGCUAUACUUUCUUCCUGUUCCCAAGGAGAUCUCAGAGAAGCGGUUGGAUAAAUUUGAUGACCUUGCGGCCCGAGGUCCUACUCGCCGGCCUGGUGGUGAUGAGAUGCGUCGGUAUACCUUUGAGGAUGAAGAUUACUUUGUCGACCAAGGCCCAGAAUAUGGCGCGCGUCGAGGCCGUGGGCCAAGAGGCCGAGGAGGCGGUGCGUUUACCGAAUGGGGAGGCAGUUGGCGCGGCGGAAGAUGA